CGUAAUAAAUAGUGUAGCAGCUCCGAUCUCUGGCAACUCGUUUUAAAGAAUGUGUGGUAUUGUUUUGCUACCGUGUAGCGUUAGCACAGCUCAAUGUCCAUUUGGCCACAAGUCUGAUGAAAUGGUGACGCAAAAGACAGGGCUGUGAGCGCAGAAUGGCACAGUUGAGUGCCAUCGUCUCAAUUAUUGUGGCUCUUACUGGAGCAGCGCUUUUAGCUUCUAUUCACAAGAUCGAUGAAGGUCACACUGGAGUAUACUACAGGGGAGGAGCUCUCUUGACCACCACAAGUGGACCUGGUUUCCAUCUUAUGCUUCCAUUCAUCACCUCCUUCAAGUCUGUGCAGACAACACUGCAGACAGAUGAGGUGAAAAAUGUUCCCUGUGGCACUAGUGGUGGAGUGAUGAUCUACUUUGAUCGAAUAGAGGUUGUGAACUACCUCAUUCCCUCAGCAGUCUUUGACAUAGUGAAGAAUUUCACUGCAGAUUACGACAAAGCCUUAAUAUUCAACAAGGUUCACCACGAACUCAACCAGUUCUGCAGUGUUCACUCUCUGCAGGAGGUCUACAUCGGUCUGUUUGACCAAAUCGACGAAAACCUGAAACUAACAUUGCAAGAAGAUCUAACAAGCAUGGCACCUGGUCUCAUCAUACAGGCCGUGCGGGUCACAAAGCCCAACAUCCCUGAGAGCAUCCGCAGAAACUACGAGCUCAUGGAGAGCGAGAAGACAAAGCUGCUGAUCUCCCAGCAGACGCAGAAGGUGGUGGAGAAAGAGGCAGAGACAGAAAGGAUCAAAGCUGUGAUUGAGGCCGAGAAAUUGGCCCAAGUGGCCGAAAUCAAGUUUGGACAAAGAGUCAUGGAGAAGGAAACUGACAAAAAGAUCUCAGAAAUUGAAGAUGAGGCCUUCCUGGCACGGCAGAAGGCCAGAGCAGAUGCUGAAUUCUACACGGCACUGAAAGCAGCAGAGGCCAACAAGUUGAAGUUAACACCUGAAUACUUACAGCUGAUGAAGUACACGGCCAUUGCCGCCAAUAGCAAAAUCUACUUUGGGAAAGACAUACCCCAGAUGUUCAUGGACUCUGCUGGCAGCGCACUCAAGUCCUCUGCAGCCAUGGAUCUUGUGGCAGAGCAGGACUUGGACAUGGAUUAGAAGGGAAUGUGCAUCAUUUUGGGAGCGAGAGGACGACCCAGGGUGGUGGACUUGAUGCUGGAGGACAAUGACUCAAAGUGUUUCACCCUCCAGCCCAGACACUCUGCUGACCAGGUUCCGUAUUUUCUCAAGUAUCUCAGAAUCACUGCUUUAAAAACAUGUCGCUGUUUGACUAGGUAUGUAAAACCUCAGACUAGGACACUUUCAGGGUUGGGAAAUGUUACACAGAAUCUAGAGUUUAUUUUGCAAGCAAGGAACACAGGCAACAAGCAAAUGACAGCUGAAAUAUCUUCCACUUCAUCCCAACAAAUGUUACUCUUUCUUGGCCAUUUCUUAAUGACAGUGACAAAUUAGGUGAUGGGUUAUGGAAUAAAUGCAUUUCAGUCAUUAUUUUUGGGCGUCUGAGUCCGCCCAAGACAGCCAAUCGACGCUGAUAAUGUAUUUACUAGGGGUGUGACGAUUCAUCAAUACACAUCGAUUAAUCGAUAUAAUGCUCUACGAUUUGUUGGCAUCGAUGCUAAACGUAAACAUCAAUCUAUAUCGCCCGUUUUUGACCUCGGACAUUAGACGAGACUUUAUUUUGAAAUCCAGUUCAUUGUUGCUUGCUUCCUCUUUCCGGGAGCAGUGCGCGGCGUGUGAGCAGAGCAGGCACGUGAAAGGGGAGUCGACAACUACGCGGCUCCUGGGCUGGUGCUAUAGCUAGUGUCCAAGACGACGGGGAAAUUCGCUCCCCUUUGGGCUUCAAGUCAUUCGUUUGGAAGCACUUUGUAAUUUCCUGAAUAAAGAGUUUGCAGUACCUUGUUGAUUUUGCGUAUGAAUUGUUAUAAAUCAGGAUAUUGUUCCAUAUCGAUCGUAGAGCACUAUAUCGUGAUGUAUCGUGAAUGAAUCACAGCAGGCUUUAAGAUAUCGGCAAAUAUCGUAUCAUGUUUCUUUGUAUCGAUAUGAUAUCGUAUUGUGACGAAACCCGCGAUUUACACACCGAUUUACCGAUAUUACGCGCAAAUGCAGCACAAGUUGACACUCACUCAAAUAGUUUUAAAAAAAGACAUUGUCCCAUAUUGUUUUUACUGUACUAGUCACCGCGCUAGUGUCGAGUUGCUUUUUAACACAUGACUGUACAGAACGGACUAAUGUGCCCACAACUGCUAAAAAUAUUGGAAAUCCAAACUUUCAAGUGCUCCCCAUGUUUUCUUUUUUUUUAUAUUGCUAGCACCAUGUUAACUGAUCAAAUCUUUGCACCACUUUCAGUACUGAAAAAUUACACUGCUUUCACGUGUCAAGCAGAUGACCUCAAUCACAUUUAGACGCUCGUAGGAUAUACUGAUCAUCUCUCAUCUGUCAUGAAGUGGAUGAGAAGCAAUGCAUGGCAUCUUUGAAUCCCUAAGACCUCAGUUUAUUUGAUUCGUAGGAAUAAUUUUGAACUUUACAUGAACUGGCUUCACAGAACAAGCAUGGACCAGGCAUUGGGAGACAUUUAGUUUGUUUGACCAAAGCGAUACAGGCCACUCGGGAUUCUUGCUGGAGCCCCUCUUGUUGAUGCAUUAUUGAAUGCAGACAUGACUGAAGUCGUUUAUGUUCCAGUCCAAACAAAACAUUUUGAUGAACAAGCGUGACUUUGAAUUGUAAGGCUUUAACUUGGACUUGGAAAAUUGACUAUGUGAGCACAUGUUUUAUUGUGAGUAGUAUGUAGUUUUACGUAUACAUUGCAAAUUUUUAUAUGGGUGAAAGUCCAACAUGAGUGCAUGUGUGUUGCAGUUCAACAAAUAUUUAAAUGAUUGGAAUUAUUUCAGUUUCUCUUUCUGUCCAAAAAAAAAAAAAACUUAAUACAGUUUUAUUCAGAAGUAUUUGGAAAUCGACAUAGUUUUCUAGAUUUCUUCUUAAUACUCCACCACAAUUGACCAUGAUAGAAUUUAAGAGUCGAGGAUUCUUUAAAUUGUUGAAGUCUGACAUUUAACAUUUUGGAAUUAUUCAUCAUUUUAUUGAGAUUAACACUGUUUUCACUGACUCAAUUUCGUACCAUAUACCCACCAAAUGUUGACUUGCCUAAAGUAUUUGAGCAAAAUGACAAAUAAAUAGGAAUCUUUUUUUUUUUUUUUAAUUAUUGUUAAACUCUACAUUUGCAUCCUGACUACUUGAGAAACUCAGCCGCUCUUUGGUGAUGCUUUACCAGUCCUUCACUGCAGCGACCUUCACUUUUAUCCAUUUAUUUGUAAUUAUUUCGGGAUGCACGUCUACCUUCACGUUCAUGUUAAAUAAGUGAAAAUCAUGGUGUACUGGGAUGAGAUCAGUCAAAAUUUGAUUUGGUUCUUGUAGAUUAUCCCAUGUCUUAAUAUUUUUUUCCCCAAUAUGCUUUGAGUAAAUUUAUUCAUGCAUUGUGAGGUUUGGCUGACUGUGUUUUCUUGGUUACAUGUGUCCCCCAAAAAUCUGAUGGCAGAAAAUUAGAGGCUUUUGGGAUGUUUUCCUGCAAAGUUGAAUUGGCUUCCCUCUUGUUGUACAAGCGGUGUGUUACUAUUUACAUUCAUUUGAUUAUAAUGUAGUUUUUUAUGAUUUGCUUUCCUUUUCCAAACUAUUGCAGACUUCUAUUGAAGUUGUGUAUUGUAUACACGUUGGUAGAAAACAUUAACCAAUCAUCUACCUCGAUGAGCUACCUCUGUACCCUAGAUGCUGACAAGAACUCUAAUUUUUAAUUAUGAUUUGUAAUCUAACACCAACAUGUUCAUAUAGAUACAUUUGAGGUUUUAGCUUGUUCCUCAUAUGUAUGCUGUUCUUACAGAUGGCCCCAUUCUCAGAUGUCACCUGCAGACUUACCUGUUCUAAUUGGAUGGGCGGCACUUGGCCAAUUACCUUCUUGCGAAUAAGCCCCAAAAAGUGAAUGUACUCUGCAUAAAAUGGCCAUAAUUAACUGUGUGACUAAUGUCAUUCCAAUUUCAACAUUAUCCAGAAAUUCACAUCCCAAAGAAAAUCAAUUUUCCUGCUGUUAACACUUUUUUUCCCAUCCAAAAUUCAACAUAACCAAUAAACAAUAUUCCCAUUUGUAAUUCAAAAUAUUCAGCUCUUUCAAUUAACCUUGGGAAACAUUUUUACGAUCAUGUUUAGGCACUGCUUUUAAAUGGUUUAAGUAAUAUUUUUCUGGAAAACAUUUUUCUGCGAGUAUCAGCCCUUUUUCAUCAUCUUUCAGUAUCAUUCCAUUUCUUUAAAUUUAUUCCACUUUUUUUUUACCAUAAUAAUUCACAUUUCCACCAACAUAAUUGCACAUGAUCACGUAAAAGUAGACUUGCAUUUGGUGAAAACUUGUUAACGCUUACUGAAGUUUACACUCCACUCAUGUUUGUUUUGUUUUGUCCUAACGUAAUUGGAGUUGUUUUUUUUCCUCCAACUCAAAAUUGUAAAAUGUCAUUGUCCAAACACUCCUGGACCUUACUGUAACUUAUGGAUCAAGUUAUGAACUCACCUUUGUUAUGACACAUGAUAAAAGGUACUCCUAUAUCCAAAAACUGGAAAUAAUUUGAUUUGUUGAGCAUAUCUGACAUUAUAGUAAGCACACACAAGCAAUUAAGAACAACUGUCUUGUAAUCUAUUACAACUGCUAUUUAAUAUCUGUUGUCCUAAUUCAUUCUACUGUAUGUUAUUGCUUUUUCUCUCUGGUGGUGAUCCAAAUGGUCUUAAUGUGGUAUGCAGUUUGGAUUUAAUGAUUAACCAAAUUGACAAUGUUAUGAAAGGCUGUAUUUUGUACAAUGAUUUCAGUUGAAAAAAAAAGACUGACAAUAAAACACUGGAUUUAAUUAA